AUGCCCCGUGACUCCAUCAAUGUAACGAACAGCCAAUCCCGCCCAGUCCACGGUUCUGGUUUAGCAGCGCACUGGCUUUUGGUACAAGAUGAUACCCAUUUCCACCCGUCGCCCGCGAGGCUCGCUCGCGUGGAUGCCAACCAACAUCCAUUGGCGUGCGGGUUCACGAUGGCCUUCGAUGCGGCAGUCGCAUCUGUCACACUGACGGGCAGCAUACUUUCGUUCCUCGCGACAACAGGUGUAUUAAUCUCAUUCGCUCUCUACCAUGAGCAUCAGCGAUCUUUCCGCCAUGCUCUCGUCCUGAAUCUGACGUUAGCCGAGUUCAUCAACUCACUUGGCAACACGAUUUCGGGCAUCAUCUACAUCAAGAACAAAGAACUUCAACCGGGCGCAGCAUGCGUGCUCAACGGCAUGGUCGGCCAGCUCUCGGUACAGGCAUCCGACUUCUCUAUCCUCGCCAUCGCGGUCGUCACCUUCCUCACCAUAACACGGAAAACCUACAUGCCGAAUGCAUCGACCUUCCGAAAGGUCAUGAUCUGCCUCUCCGUCUGGGUCGUACCGCUCAUCACCAGCACGACAGCGACUCUCAUGGGUACCAUGAAACCCGUGAGCGGAAAUUGGUGCUGGAUAACCCGAGAACGGCCCGAUCUUCGAUACGCACUAACGCACGGGUGGCGCUUCGGCAUCAUCUUCACCACGAUUCUCAUUUACCUCUACGUCUGGUGGUACCUCGGACGACACUUUCGCACAAUGGUCAGCACAUCUGAUCCGUUGUACAAUAGCGGAAACUCGAACGGUAACGUCGUCACAUCAUCGAUACGGAAGAAGCAGGGAUUCGAAUCAAUUCAUACCCCCGAGCUGGAGAUGGACCAGUUUGAGCGAGCGAACCCGACUUGGGGUGAGCUGCCACAGUUCUCGCCGACCCAGCAAGCUCAGCCAACGUCGCCUGUCGCACUGAGGAGCGCGCCAGCUGCCAUGGCCAGAAGACCAUCGGCCACUGAAGUCGAUGAAGAUAAGGAAGUUCAAGUACAACCAGGCGGCAGGCGGCCAUCGGCGAUCAGAAUGGCACACUUCGCUGAAGACAAGAUCGACGAAGAGCCGACAGGCGAGCAAGAGCCGGGCCGGAAGAUGUCGGCAAGGAUAUCACGAUUCGACGACCAUGACAUGGACAUGAGCCAAGCCUCCGAGGCGCGGUUCUCUUACCUCGAUCAAGAGGAUAAGCUGCACAAGAGCGCUUCCGGGGGCCCGUCACACCUUCAGAAGGACAUGCUCCCACCAGCAGCAAUUGCUGCCCAAGCACAAUUUGCUCAAUACCGCAUGGAUAGCGGACCGCCGAGGCGGCCGUCGGUAUCCAUUUGGAAGAAGACUCACAGGAGCAGAAGCUCUACAUUAUCAGCAUUAUCAUUCAAGAUGCCGGGGACCCGGGAAAUGCAAUCCCGAGACUUCCCGACGAACCCGACCCUCGAUCACGUCGACAGCAGAAAGAGCGCGCCGCAGAACGUGACCGCAACAAUGAUGAGCGACUUCCCCAUCCGAACGCAGACGAGGAAAGUCGAGCGUGAGAUCAAGCGCAUGAUGCUCCUCAACGCUUACCCGGUCAUGUAUGUGGUGCUCUGGAUCCCGGGUCUCGUCAACAGAUUGAUGGAGGCGUCGGGAAACGGCUCGCAAAGUCGCGUUCUGGCGGCGCUGCAGAGCUCAAGUCAGUUUAUCGGUUUGGCGAAUGCAAUCACCUAUGGCUUCAAUCAGCAUGUAAGGCAUAGGAUAAAGGGCGACUUUUUCACAUGGCUACGUCGAAGAUGA